CUAAAUUUCUGAAAAUCUGCAAAACCUUCAGGAAGAAAAUAAUUCCAAUAAUUCCUGAAAAGUUUCCCUUAAAAGUUUUAUUUUAAAAAAUCCCCCAAAUUUGGCAGGAAAAUUCUUGUAAAUAUUUUCAAAAAAUAAGUAAAAAUCUUCCCAAAAAAGAUCCUAAGAAUAUCUAAAGUGAUUCCAUAUUCAUCAGUAAAAUUUCUAAUAUUCCACAUUUUCAAACUUUGAAACGGGUCAAUUCUGACCCGCAGGACGACACGAGGGUUAAAGCAAAGAAAAUUUGACUGAAAUUGGCUUCUGCGGAGCACACAGCCAAUUGUAUGUGCUGUCAGUGUUAUGAGCCAAUCAGAACAGCGCACUGUAGCUACCCAGCCAAUAGCGUUAAGCGAACAUGAUUUCGGCCAAUCGGAUGUCUUGGGGGCGGGAUCAUUGUAUGUUUUUUGUUUUUUUUCUCGUCUUUCCGUGCUGCCUGUUAAUGUGCCUCAGCGACUACAUAACACACCUCGGGGGCUGCUGGCCUCCAUGUAACAUGUGUCUGCCCUGAAGUUACACCACAUAGCUUGGAGCAGCAGGUCUGAAGACAGGGAAAGAGGACGGGAAGACACCGUGGGACACCGGGACACCAUGGAAAAAGUCUGUAAAGAUGCCAAGACUAACCCGGCAGCGACGGCGAGUCUUCUGUCCAAGGUGUUUUUCUGGUGGCUCAACCCGUUGUUCACCACUGGGUACAAGCGCCGGCUGGAGGAAGAUGACAUGUUCGAAGUGCUCGCUGAGGACAGGUCGGACAGACUGGGACAUGACCUGCAGAGAUACUGGGAUCGUGAGUUCCAGAAAGCUACCAAAGAGAUGCGGACACCACGACUCUCCAAAGUCAUCAUUCAAUGCUACUGGAAAUCAUAUGCAGUGCUGGGAUUGUUUACACUCGUUGAGGAGAUAAUUAAAGUGGUUCAGCCGGUCCUCCUGGGGAAGAUGAUUGAGUACUUUGAGACUUACGACCCAGAUAACAUGACGGCCUUGUACCAGACCCUCGGCUAUGGAGCUGGGUUGUCUGUCUGCGCCAUCGGCCUGGUGCUGAUCCAUCACCUUUACUUCUUCCAUGUUCAGAGGGCAGGCAUGAAGAUCAGAGUGGCCAUGUGUCACAUGAUCUACAAGAAGGCUCUGUGUCUGAGCAGUUCAGCCAUGGGAAAGACCACCACAGGCCAGAUUGUCAACCUCCUUUCCAAUGACGUCAACAGGUUUGAUGAUGUGACCAUCUUUCUGCACUUCCUGUGGGUGGGGCCCCUCCAGGCAGCUGUUGUUGUGGGGCUGCUCUGGCUUGAGAUUGGUCCUUCAUGCUUGGCAGGCAUGGUGGUCCUCAUGUUCCUGAUGCCCACCCAAACCAUGGUUGGAAGACUCUUCUCAAAGUUCAGGAGUCAGACGGCUGUUCUCACCGACAGCAGAAUCCGCACAAUGAACGAAGUGGUGUCCGGAAUCAGGAUAAUAAAGAUGUAUGCCUGGGAGAAACCCUUUGCUGCUCUGGUCUCUGACAUCAGAAGGAAGGAGAUCUCCAAGAUCAUGAAGAGCUCCUACCUGCGAGGUCUCAACAUGGCCUCCUUUUUCUGUGCCAGCAAGAUAAUCGUCUUCGUCACCUUCACCCUCUAUGUCCUUUUGGGAAACAAGAUCUCGGCCAGCCGUGUCUUUGUGACGGUGUCGUUGUACACAGCUGUGCGACUCACCGUCACACUCUUCUUCCCCAAUGCCAUUGAGAAGCUGUUUGAGAGCCGUGUCAGCAUCCGAAGGAUUCAGGAGUUCUUGCUGCUGGGUGAGAUCACUAAAAGCAGCGCUAAUCUGCCAAAGGAUGAGAAGAAGGACGCAGGCGUGGAGGUCCAGGAUCUGACCUGCUACUGGGACAAGAGUUUGGAUGCUCCGUCUCUGCAGAACGUCUCCUUCUCUCUGAAGUCAAAUCAGCUGGUGGCUGUAAUUGGACCAGUGGGAGCUGGAAAGUCAUCCCUACUGAGCUCCAUCCUGGGAGAGCUUCCAGCUGAGAAGGGGGUGCUGAAAGUGAAAGGUCAGCUGACCUAUGCUGCCCAGCAGCCCUGGGUUUUUCCUGGAAGCAUUCGCAGCAACAUCCUGUUUGGAAAAGAGCUGAACCCCCAGAAGUAUGAAAGAACCAUCAGGGCCUGCGCUCUGAAGAGGGACUUGCAGCUGCUCCCUGAUGGAGACCAGAUGCUGAUCGGGGACAGAGGAGCCACGCUCAGCGGGGGACAGAAAGCUCGAGUCAACCUGGCGAGAGCCGUGUAUCAGGAUGCAGACAUCUACCUCCUGGAUGAUCCUUUAAGUGCUGUCGACGCCGAGGUUGGAAGACACCUCUUUGAACAGUGCAUCUGUGGGCUGCUGAAGAACAAACCUCGUAUCUUGGUCACCCACCAGCUGCAGUACCUGAAGGCAGCAGACCAGAUCGUUGUCCUCAAGGAGGGUCACAUGGUGGCAAAGGGAACAUACACAGAGCUGCAGCAGUCUGGAGUGGACUUCACCUCCCUGCUGAAGAAGGACGAGGAGGACGAGCAACAGCAGCCUGCCCAAGACAUCCCUGCCAGGAGCAGAACUCUGUCCCAGAAUUCUGUGCUCUCCCAGACCUCCUCCGUCCAGUCAGUCAUGGAUGGAGACAGUUUGCCGGCAGAGCCGGUGCAAACAUUAGCGGAGGAGAGUCGAGCUCAGGGAACCAUUGGAGUGAGGCUGUACGUCAAAUACCUGAGAGCUGGAGCCAGCAUUGUGACUCUGCUGGCUGCCAUUGUGCUCAACCUGCUGGCUCAGGGAGCAUACAUCAUGCAGGACUGGUGGCUGGCCUACUGGGCUGACGAGCAAGAAAAGCUUGAUGCUCUCAACACCACCAUCACAAAUGCACAAAACGCUACCCAAGAGCUGGACAGAGAUUUCUACCUGGGAAUCUACGCAGGUUUGACCGGAGCCACCAUCAUUUUUGGCUUCAUGAGGAAUCUGGUUCUGUUCAACGUGCUGGUGAGGUGUGCACAGUCCCUGCACAACGGCAUGUUCAACACCAUACUCAGAACCCCCGUGCGCUUCUUUGACAUCAACCCCAUCGGAAGAAUCUUAAACAGAUUUUCAAAGGACAUCGGCCAGCUGGACUCCAACAUGCCAUGGACUUUUGUGGACUUCAUUCAGGUGUUCCUGCAGAUUCUUGGGGUCAUUGCGGUGGCAGCGUCUGUGAUCCCGUGGAUCCUCAUCCCCGUGGUACCCCUUCUCAUCGUCUUCAUCUUUUUGCGUCGCUACUUCCUGCAGACCUCCAGAGACAUCAAACGCCUUGAGUCCACCACUCGGAGUCCCGUCUUCUCCCACCUGUCUUCGUCUCUUCAGGGCCUGUGGACGAUCCGAGCCUUCGGGGCUGAGGAGAGAUUCCAGAAUACGUUUGACGCCCAUCAGGAUCUACACUCAGAAGCGUGGUUCCUGUUCCUGACCACUUCUCGCUGGUUUGCCGUCCGCCUCGAUUUCAUCUGCGCCGUUUUCGUCACCAUCACCACUUUCGGCUGCGUGCUGCUCCGAGACCAGCUGGAUGCCGGCUCCGUUGGUUUGGCUCUGAGCUACGCCGUCACUCUGACCGGCAUGUUUCAGUGGGGUGUCAGGCAGAGUGCCGAGGUGGAGAACAUGAUGACCUCAGUGGAGCGAGCGGUCGAGUACACUGAACUGGAGAGUGAAGCACCCUGGGAAACCCAGAAGCAUCCUCCCCCUAACUGGCCCAGCAAAGGCCUGGUGACGUUUGACCAGGUCAGCUUCUCCUACAGUCCGGACGGACCGACGGUGCUGCACAACAUGAGUGCAACGUUCCGGCCCAAAGAGAAGGUCGGUAUUGUGGGCAGAACGGGUGCCGGGAAAAGCUCCCUGGUCUCGGCUCUCUUCCGCCUUGCAGAACCUCAGGGAAAGAUCUACAUCGACGGCAUUGUGACCUCAGAGAUCGGCCUACACGACCUGCGUCAGAAGAUGUCUAUUAUUCCUCAGGAUCCAGUGCUGUUUACAGGCUCCAUGAGGAAGAACCUGGACCCCUUCAACCAACACACAGAUGAAGAACUGUGGAACGCUCUGCAGGAGGUGCAGCUGAAGUCGGCGGUGGAGGAGAUGCCCGGUAAGUUGGAGACAGUUCUGGCUGAGUCGGGCUCCAACUUCAGCGUGGGUCAGAGGCAGCUGGUGUGUUUGGCCAGAGCCAUCCUGAGGAAGAACCGCAUCCUCAUCAUCGACGAGGCCACGGCCAACGUGGACCCCAGGACCGACGAGCUGAUCCAGAAAACGAUACGGGACAAGUUCAGAGAAUGCACCGUGCUCACCAUCGCUCACCGCCUCAACACCAUCAUAGACAGCGACCGCAUUCUGGUUCUGGAUGCCGGGGAGAUCCACGCCUACGACGAGCCUUACAGCUUGCUUCAAGAUCCAAACGGGACCUUUUAUAAGAUGGUCCAGCAGACGGGCAAACAGGAGGCUGCAGCUCUGCAGUCGGCAGCUGAGCAGGUUUACUCCAACCGAAGCCGUGCUAACGUUCCAAACGGACACGCAGAAACGGCAGACGGUAACAUCGUAAUCUUUGAGACGGCUCUGUAAGCCGAAGAAGAGUCUCUGCUCUGCCAGAAGCCUCAGAGAGCUGCUGGGCUUGUCCACCGGUCCACCAGACAGACGGUGAGGAGACGCAUCUCAGGACCUACAGGGAGGCUGCAGCCUCAGUGAACAUCUGAGCCAAACAGUCUAACGCUGUUUGUUGGAGCUCACAGACCUGAGAAAUCACUGCUGUACAAACUGUUGAAGCAGACCAAUAUUUAUUAUCUGCUGCUUCAUAUUUAUCAUGUUGAAUAGCUUUCAAAUGGCCGCGUAAUCCUUAAAAACCAAGUGCCUUAUUUCAAGUUUGUGUAAAUUUAACCGUUCAAAGAAUAUCUGUAUCUGUGAGUCCAGGUAGCAGAGAAGCACGGAAUCAGCGACUAAAUCUACCUGAGGUUGCUGCUUAAUCAGUCGCAGCAUUUGGGUUCCUUUUCCACGAAUGUUCGUCGUUCAGACCACUGUGAUGUUAGUCAGGUAUGUAUUCUACAUAGGACAGAAAAGCAGCUGAUCACCUGAGGACGGCUGCGAUGUAGCUAAAGUCUUACCUCCAGCUUAUAGGAAGAUCACUGCUCUGACUAAAGGAAAGUGAGUUCAUUCAGACACGAGACUGACGAACCUGAAGACACAUUUCACUGCAGCAGCACUUUCUGUGUUAGAUUUCAGCAACAGUCUGUUCUCAACACUGAUGUCUUUGCCUUAAACAAAUCCAGACACACAUGUACCAGACUUUAGAAACAGUCUGAAAAGGAGUUUCUUGUACAGAUGCUGUGGUCCUUGUACUCCCACUCCACUGAUUUAAGAGCUUACAGGGAGGAGGGAAUCUUAACAGCUGCUACAGAUGAUGUGGAGUUUGUUGAAUGACUUUGAUCUGUUCACACUUGUUGUAUUAACUGCCGAUUUGUACAUUUGUUCAGUCAAAUUCUACAUAAAAGGCGCUUUAAACAACA